AUGAGAUAAUAACUGAGCAAGGUAUCUCAUCUCGCUCUCACCUCUGCAGCAGACGUUUUCUCAAAGCCUCCGCAAGGUCUGCAUGCUCAAAGUGUAAAAAAUAAGAGAAACACCAAUAGCAUCACUGGAUAUCACUCUCAUCAGAAAAAGACAGUGGGAGCGAGCUUGAAUGUAUUCUAACUUGAUGAAUAGAUAUAAAAUGAGAGUCCUAUUAAAAAACCCAUAAAUAAAAGUCAUCGUAAACAUGAGGACAAAAACUAGCAAAUAUAGUCUAUAAUAGUCAGCAGUUCUAAUAAUAGUUUGAUAAGACACACCAUGGACAAAUCUAGGAUGUCAAAUAACGACAGCGAUACAAAAAUCAACAAAUACAUCAAUAAUAAUCAUUCAAUCAAUAAUAAGUCUAAUUACUUUACCAAAGGCAUAAGUCUUAUUAAAGAGGAAGAUUAUUGUACAUCUAGGAAUAAAUAGCCAUUAAAGGAUGUGCCAAUCUCCAGAACAACUAAAAAGAUCAAUAGACAAGUCUUGAGUUCCCUAGAAUACAAGACCAAAGCAGCUGAGUAAAAUAUCAGAUAAAGCAUCUAGCAACUAGGACUAUUUAGGAGUCUUGAAUCUGUGAAAACCUCUUAAAACAGAGCAACAGUCAAUUAGAAUAAAAGAGCCACUGGCAUUAAUCUCAGCAGUUCUAAACAUUCCGACUAUUUUACUACUUCUAUUAAUGCGCCAUAGUACAAUUAACUAUUGUCAAUUAGAACACAUCUAUCUCCAACAGAUCAUCCACUCAAGCCUUUACUCCAUGAGACUGGCUAUAAUUCCAUGCGGGAAUCUAUGUUUAGCAACCCCCGAGUGAAGUCCUAAUCCAAAGAGUAGAAUAGUAACCUCAAAAUUCAGAUUAAUCAUCAUUUACACUUGAAGAACCCAAAGAAGAAGUUAUUAAAGUAAAACAAUUUGUCUAAGAAGUCACUAUCUCACUAGUACAGUAAAGAAGAGCUAAAGGAGAUAAUGAAUGAUUAGCUUACAAAGUCAGAUGAUAAAAGCAUAGUUUAGUAUAUUGCGAUAGCGGGUAAUACAACAAACAUUGAUUCAUCAAAAGACGAAGUGAUUGUUUCAAUUGUAGACAACAUAGAAUGCAUGUAUAGUCUGAGACAGAGGCCUUAGAAUAAGAUAGUUAGAGCUAGAGAUGAAAUUAACAUUUAAAGACUGUCACAGUCACCAACAGCUUGUCAAACUUAAGAGGAUGAUAUGAUGGAUUGCGAGGAGCUAGAGGAAGGAAUGAGAGCUGAGUAGAUUAAGAAUUUUGUAAAACUAGAUUAGGAUAUUAAGAUAGGUUCAGGAUUUAAUCAACUUCUAAGUCCAUUGCCAAAAGACUGGAAAGGUGCUUUAAGAUGGAAAAAUGAUUAAAAUCUUAAUGAAACUAAGCUUUAGGGGAAUUCUGAUUAUGAUUAUUCCAAGGAGACCAUUAUUGUUAACCCAGUUGAUGUGGAACCAAACCCUUAUUUCUAGAUGAAUGUUCUUGCUUAGAAAAAGCUGAGCAUCAAUACUAACCCAAAGUUGCUAAUUAGCAAGAAAGGUAUAUUUAAGCCAGGUCAAUUUUCUCCUUAAAACUUGGAAUAUGCAAAGCCGUCAGUGCAAUUUAUGAAGAAAAUUGAGCAGAAUUUCAAUAAUUACUAGAGGCAGCAGUAGAAUCUGUUCGUGUUUGACUAGUCAACAGUCAAAGAUAGAUCAAAAGGACAUUAAAAGGCCAAACUUUCUUUUUUAAGCACUCAGCAAGACUCUAAGACAAAGAUAUGUUCGUCAAGAGUGGAGUAAAGCAAUAGUGCAAUGGCCUAAUUAUCUAAGAAAUAAAGACAAGAAAAAUAGAAGUCGAGAGACUUCUAAUCUGUAAAGGCAAACAAUCAUUCAUAGUUACAACUCUCAAGCAUUCAUUAGCAUAAGAUAAGCAAUACCAGUGGAAAAACCAAUACAUAAAGUUCUUAUUAAAUUCAGUAAUCAUCAGUUGCUCCUUAAUCCGUUAAAAAUUAAAACUAACAGCCAAUAAUAAUAGACUAUUUUACAGCUUUGCAGGAACAGAGAAGUCGUCAGGUGCAGCAAUAGCAGAAGUUCAUGCUAAUGAAGCCAAAGCGAAAGAUUCAAUACUACAACAACUUGGAUUGCAAAGAAAGAGGGAAUUUCUCAAUCGAGGGAGAAGGAGGUGAGGAGGAAACUGAUCAUCUCAUGUCAAUUAAUAUUUAAAAGCAGGAAGUUGCUUAUUAAGGACCAGGUCUAGGAGAUUGCGUCAGUGUGGAAGUAAUUGAGAAUGAAGGGAUCUCACCAGAUAAUUUAGUGAGUUAAAUGCACGCUUUUGUCUAUUCAGUUGAGACAUGCUAACAAGCAAAUCAGGACUAGACUUAGGAUAUCAGAUAUUCUAAUGAUAUAAGUGUAGAUCUAACUUCAAAUUAGUACAAUAGUCCAGAUAUAGCUUAAAUCAAUAUAAGCAAUUCGAAUUCCUAUACUAUUGAUAGCAAAGAUAUCAAUUUACAGACAAAGAUGGCAGAAAUUGAGGAUAUAAUUAUGCAGAAUUAGGUGUAGGUCUAGGAGAAGUGCCAACUUUUUGAUAAAUUUGACUAGAGCAGGCCAUCUUUAAGCUGCUCAUCUCAGAUGUCAGUUGAGUAAUCUCACUCCAGACAGAGUGAAGAUAUCGUUUACAUGGCCUAGUCAUAAACCUCAUAAUUGUGA